AUGGCUUCGGAACCAGGCCCUGCCGUUCAGUUCAUGGGCCAGGUGGCUUACCACUUCGAAAUGAUGCGGCCUCUUUUGCCCACAUACCUGCAUCUUCUUGUAUCGGCAAUCUUUCCGAUCUAUACUGCCGCUCACGCAUCUUUGACUAGACCAUCGUCCGCCGCACCACGAAAACUCAAGAUGGACGGCGACGACGCUGAAGACGACCGCGACGACACGUCAACCCAAGUCGAGAGCUUGACUCCUUCGGACGCCAUAAUGUUCCCUGUUCUUGCCGGCGGCACACUAGCGUCGCUCUACUUCAUCCUGAAAUGGCUCCAGGAUCCGGCCUGGUUGAAUUGGGCUCUGGGGCUCUACUUCUCCCAAGUUGGUCUAUUCUUCGCAACAAAGUUUCUCAAGGACGCCUUUUCUCUCAUGAGAUCUUUCUUGCUCCCCAAUCAGUUCUCCAGGAGCGGUGUGCUGUGGAAAGUCGAGCCGCGGGCGAAAUGCUUCAGGACUGAGACGGGAGAGAGCACUGGCUCGCCCUUGGCCGGACCGCUGGGACAGAUACCUCUUCCCAGAGUCGUUUCGCUACGGGUCUGGGAUAUUCGGCGGCUGCUCUACGCCAAAGCACGAUUUGAGCUCCAUGUUCACAAACUCAUCACCUUGAAGAUGCCCGUCGAAUUCCUUGAUAUUCUGAGCCUGACGCUCUCCUGCAGCAUCGUGUACUACCACACCUUCAUUGGCAAACCCUGGUUUCUCACCAAUUUCCUCGGCUUCUCCUUCUGCUACGGCUCGUUGCAGUAUGUGACUCCAACAACAGCAUGGACCGGGACGCUGAUCCUCGGCGCCUUGUUCUUCUACGACAUCUAUUUUGUCUUCUUUACGCCGAUGAUGGUCACGGUGGCGACGAAGCUGGAUGUGCCGAUCAAACUCCUGUUUCCUCGUCCUGACGGCUGCGUGAUGCCGGUCGGCGCGCCCGAAGGGUCACCGGCAAUGGAAGAGUACCUCAAAUGUCUAGCGAAGAAGAGAACGAUGGCCAUGCUUGGACUAGGAGACAUUGUUGUUCCCGGUAUGAUAUUGGCUUUCGCGCUACGAUUCGACCUGUACCUGCACUAUCUUCGACAGGGCAACAGGACUAAGCAGGGACAAGGGACAGAGAAUACACGACCAAGCUAUACCAGCGCCAGGGGAAGCUGGGGCGAACGGUUCUGGACCAGUUCGAGGCUGUGGCCAAAGGAGAUCCGAGCAAAACAGUUCCCAAAACCAUAUCUCUACGCUACCAUCACCGGGUAUGUCGUUGGCAUGGUUGUUACUGUGGUUGUGAUGCAGGUGGCCCAACACGCUCAGCCGGCAUUGCUGUAUCUCGUCCCGGGGGUCCUGGGAUCUCUCUGGGGGACUGCGUUGGUGAAAGGGGAUCUGAAGACACUGUGGAACUACAGUGAGAUGCCGGAGAUUGAGAAAGACAUGGAGAAGGAUGCUGCUCAAGACGAGAAGAAAUCACUGCAUUCUGAUGGGAACGGCGCUGAGGACGAAAGCCUAACUGCCAACGGCCAGGUCGGUGAAGAAGAUGAAGAUACCACACCGCAGAAAUCCGAGGCCGGCAAGAAGGAUCCUGAGGAGUCCUGUCGUCGUUUGGUUUAUCUCUCAAUCAUCAUGCCCGAGGUAUCGCAGGAGAGUGACUCCGCAAUGUCCACCAAGUCUCCAGCCGCUCUUGAAAAGUCAAGUCAAGCUCUUCCUAUUGACCAAGGGAUGGCGGAGAACCGGAAUACAGAGCGAGCAAAGGACGGCGAACCGCCAGAGAAGCGAGCCAGGAGAUCAUGA